GUCAUAUUCCCGAGUAACGUUACUGUAAACCUCGGCAAUGAGCUCACACCUACUCAAGUGAAGGACGAACCUCAUGUUGAAUGGCCAGUAACACCAGGCUCAUUAUAUACACUGGCAAUGGUAGACCCUGAUGCACCCAGUCAUGUAUCGCCAUUAUUACGCAGUAUUAAGCACUGGUUGGUUGUGAACAUACCGGACGGGGAUCUAAAAUCAGGCCAAAUAUUAGCCGGGUUUAUAAGCUCAGGGCCACCCAAGGGGUCGGGUAUUCAUCGAUAUGUUAUACUCGUAUACAAACAGUCCAAACGUAUUGAGGGGCUGACCAGGGAUGACACAAUCGAGCAUAGGUUGAAUUUUAAUAUAACCGAGUUUGCUCAUAAAUAUGAGCUUGGUGAGCCCGUGUCCGGUAAUUUUUACCACGCUCAAUGGGAUGAGUACGUGGAUAUACAUAAUGUAGACAUGUAUUUCCGUAGUAGUGGACUUGUACCUGAUGUUAUCGAUGUUAGCCCCAGGGAACAGGUUAAGGUGACUUUCCCGGAAAAUAUAACCAUAAGUCUGGGCAAUGAAAUUACCCCUGCUGAAGCCAGUAAGGAACCACACGUUGAAUGGGCACCAGAGCAAAACGCCCUGUACACUUUGGCCAUGGUAGAUCCAGAUGCUCCCAGUCGUGUCACUCCCGUUUGGCGUAGUUAUAAACAUUGGUUGGUGAUGAACAUACCCGCGGGACAGGUAUCCGGGGGUGAUAUCGUUGCCGGGUAUACGGGACCGGCCCCACCAGAGGGCACUGGUCUACACCGGUAUGCGAUACUUAUAUACCAACAACCGGACGGCCAUAUAGACCCUCCACCUCGGGAUGACUCACUCGAACAUCGGCCAUAUUUUAGUAUUGAAGACUUUGCAAGGAAUUAUACCCUGGGUGAACCGGUAGCUGGUAAUUUUUUCCUAGCUCAGCAUCAAAAAUUAAUCUAUUAA